AUGACUUCAGAACCAUCGACGUCUUCGGAAUCGUUGGAUGCAGAAAAGUCAGCACUGAUUCAAGAAGCAUUGACCAAGGCUGGAGUCAUCAAGAUCCAGAAACAGAGUGUGUCACCACCAAACAUUAAGAAUCUCAAGAAAUCAAUACAAUUCGAAAGGAUAGCAGAGCAUCCCUUGAUGCCUGUCGUUGAAUUAUUGCUCAAAAAAUGUGAGGACGCGGCGACAACGUAUGAUAGGGCACCUUUCGAAAUGGAGGACGUAGAAGAUCCCCUCCUCCCAUCUGUUGUUGCGCUGGGAAUUGUGGCGACGGUGUUGGUUGCGCAUUUUGAAGUGUUGCUCCAAGUUCUUGUUGACUUGGAAACUGUGGAGCCUGGGUGGAGACCAUAUUCGCACCGCUCGUGGCUGACUGAUCCGCCUGCUGGCCGGUCGCCGCCAAAAUCUCUUGUUGACUGGGAUAUUGCGCUUGUGGCAUGUUCGGAUCCAUAG